GUUAAACGUGUACAUAUAUCAGACUGCGCGAGAACAAUAUUCAGAUAUAUACGAUCAGUCGUCAAUCGGAAGCUCAGUAAUCUUUUUUAUACUUUAUUAAUAAGUAUCACAGUAUUAAAUUCAUUACAGUAUGGCUACUUGCAACAAUAAUCAGUACCUAGACAGAGAAGAGGUGGCGAUUAUGAUAAAAGAGGCUUUUGGAACAGCAACAAAACUUGUAAAGUACUAUUCAACUAAUUUAUCAGAUAAAAGGGUUGGAUUUAUGAGUUCUCAUCGGACUCUGGUGGUCGUCGUUGAAGAAAAUGACUGUGAACAGAAGACUUACUCUUUCUUCCUUAAAUCAAUCCCGUAUGAAAUUGAAAAUCAACUUAGUUGGAUAUUAGAAAGUAAAAUAUUUACUAAGGAAACUAAUUUUUUUAAAUUCAUCGUACCUGAAUUAAUGGCAAGUAUAAAUGACAAAUCAUGGAUAGCUCGAUGUUAUUUCGUCAAAGACGACCUGAUGGUGUUCGAAGAUCUUAAGGUAAAAAAAUUCAAAAUUAGCACUAAGAUCCUAGAUGAGCCGUGUGUAAGAGCUGCGUUAUCUUCAUAUGCGAAACUUCACGCUGCAUCUAUAUUAGCUGAAAGAAGGAUUGGAAAGUCCUGGAUAGACUUGUACCCAGAAUUAUUAGAAGAAGUUUUAUUUGUGUGUAAAGGUAUGUCAUACAAAUGGAUUAAUACAGGAGUGGAUAUCAACGUAGCAAUCGCUGAGAAAUUAGGCUUCGAUCACAAGUCUGUUUCCGCAAUGUUUAGUCAAAUUUUUGAUAAGGCAGCUCCGUCAAAGAAGAGACAAAAUGUCCUGUGUCAUGGAGACCCUUGGUCGUACAAUUUGAUGUUCGAUGAUUCGCAACCUUUACCAAAGUGUGUAUUAGUGGACUUUCAAGUAGUGCGAUACGUACCACCAAUGUUUGAGAUAGCCCAAUUCAUGCAUAUAACUACAGGUCGAGAAUUUCGUAAGCAAAGAGAAACUGAAAUGUUGAAGCAUUAUCAUGAUGUUCUGUGUAAAACUUUGAAAGAAAAUAGCGAUGGACAAGCACCUGUCCCAAGUUUUUCUGAUAUUCUAGAUCAAUACGAAGAAAUGAAAAUUGUCGGUAUCAUUUCGGCUGCUUUAUACAAUCCAACGAUUCUUGUAAAUGGAGAUGUGAUGACCGAGAAGUUAAAAAGUUCUGAUGGAUUUGCAGACCUUAUGUUUGGUUCAGAUCGGGUUAAAUUCAUGCUCGAAUACAUGGAAAAAGACACUAUUUUCAAGGAUCGAUUGGUAGAGUGCAUCACAGAAUUAAUCGAAAGAUCAAAUAUACUGCAGGCAAAUAAGUGAAUAAUAUACUUAUUUUUUAUAUCAAAGAAGUAUUUUGUAAAAUUGUGCAUAACAAAAGUGUAUUUCAUACGAAAUAUAUCAGUCAAAAUAAGUUAGUUUAUAAA